UAAUAUCUACAGUAUAAGACAAUAUCAACAACGAUCCCCUAUUAAAUGUUACAAGUUAUUGAGUAUUAGUAAUAUGAUGGAGGUUUCAGUGAGAAGAUUCACUUUUUGCAUCUUGGCCAUAAUAAUUAUUGUUCUAUUAUUUUGGCAAUUAUUGUACUUAAUUAUGCGAGAAGAGGAUGUUCGUAAAGUCAAUUUAAAAUUUUCUGAGCCUAAAGUGAUAUUGUUGUAUGAAGUUCCAAAAUGGAUGGAAACGGUGUAUGUGGAGAAAUUGGAUGUUGAUGCUGAUUGUGUCAUAACUGUGAAUAAGAACUAUUUUAGUGAUAUAAAGAAAUAUGACGCUCUAGUUUUUAGUGGACAGGAAAAUUGGACAGUUAACGAAGUCUUCCCAGCUGAGAGAUCUCCAUAUCAAUAUUAUAUAUUUGCUGAUCUCGAGUGUCCUUUCUUAUCUAGACAUAAGUUCUUAAAUGUCUCUACUGAAAUUUACAAUCUCACAAUGACCUACCGAAGAGACUCAGACAUCUACUGGCCAUAUGGAUUUAUUAGCAAUCAAGAUGUCUCCUACAUUAGUGAUCCUCAGGCUCCAAUUUGGAAAUCACCCAUAUUCGAAGAUGACUUCAAUUCUGAAGUUAUCCACAAAGUUAAGAAAAAGAAAAAACUCGCAGCAUGGUUUGUGUCCAAUUGCUAUGCAACAUCAGGACGAAAGAAACUGGCGGAAGUCAUGAAGAAACAUAUGGACAUUGACAUCUACGGAAAAUGUGGAACACUCCGAUGCGACAGAAGUAAUGAAGGCGACUGCUACAGGCUCGUUGAGGAAAGGUACUACUUCUACCUCUCAUUCGAGAAUUCCCUGUGCAACGAUUACAUCACAGAGAAAGUUUUCAACGUCAUGCAAUUCUACAUAGUUCCUGUAGUUUAUGGUGGAGCAAAUUAUUCCAAUCACCUUCCACCCCACUCUUACAUUAACGCCAAUGACUUCGAAAGUGCCACAAAACUGGCAACCUAUCUCAAAAACCUCACUACCAACAUCGAUGACUACAUGAAAUAUUUUUGGUGGAAGAAACACUACAAAGUAACAAGCCACAAGACCUACAACAAUCUCUGCAGGAAACUUCAUGAAUUCUCUCCUGAAGAAUCUGGUCAAUUAAGACGAUCGUACGAGAAUAUGAAUUCCUGGUUUGUUGAUGGACAAUGUACAACAAAACCAAAAAUACAAAUGAAAUAAUUGUAAAACCUAAUAAAAUAAUGAACCUAAUAGGGUAAUGUGGUGUAUUUCGAGACACUUUUUAGCACUUUCAAGUUUCAAACACUUAAUUUUAAUUUAAUAAAGGUUUGUAAUAUUUUUAAGUAAAUAAAAUUUAUACAAUGGCCUGUAGGACAUUGACCAAUAAGGGUAAGUUCUAAAA